AUGGAAUUUACAAUUAAACACACAUGGGAUGGUUUACCUGUGAGCCAUGAGCCAGUAACAAUUGUGCUGAAGUCGGACAAUGCAGGACUGCUGAUGGAAGUUAAUGCUCCCUUCUUUAAUGAUCCUCCAGCACCACUUGGAGAGCCAGGGAAACCUUUUAGUAGACUGUGGGACUAUGAGGUUGUAGAAGCAUUUUUCCUGAGCGACAGAACUGAACAGUAUUUAGAAGUUGAACUUUGUCCCCAUGGACAACACUUGUUGUUGCUGCUUUCUGGCAAAAGAAGAGUAUGGAAAGAAGAACUUCCUGUGGAGUUUGAGGUGACCAGAAUGAAAACUAAAUGGGAGGGUAAAGCUCAUCUUCCUUGGAAUUAUUUUCCACCAUGCACUAACAAGUUCAAUGCAUUUGCAAUUCAUGGCUCAGGAGAAGAGAGAAAAUAUGAAGCGCUUCAUCCUGUGCCUCGACGUGAACUACAGGAAGGACAGAAACCAGAUUUUCAUCGCCUGGAAUUUUUCAAAGACUUGAACCUGAAAGGACUAAUGGGAGAAGAUUGGAAGCAGCCUGAAUCAGAUAUAUGGAAGUCUCUCACUAAUUAAAUGCAUUGAGGCAUAAAUUUUUAUAGCCUUAAGGUUGGAUGAAGCUGUAUGGAAAGAGCUUCUUCAUUCUGAGCAGAGUUCGU